AUGUCAGCAUUCCAGGAUGAGCAAGACCUUAAUGAGCAUUUUUCUGACAACCCAGAAUUCGAUACCUGGUGCGACCAGAUAAUGACCAAUCUGUUCGAAAUGAACGGCCAUUUGAGCACACUACAACAGUUUAUCAAGACUUUACAGAAAUGUAGUCGGCAGGGCAAUGUUAGAUCGAAAAUGGUAGAGAACUUGGACACGAAAUCUGUUGCCCACAUUGAAAGUGUGUCCAAACUUUUAAAAGUGGUUAAUGACUUGGUUCACAAGAUAAGCGCGAUUGAAGAACCAACUUUAAAUAGCGCACAGCUAAUCUCUCGAGAAAAACUCGUAAGAGACGUUAAGUUCUCCGUUCAAGGGUUUCAGACUGCGCAAAAAAGCUAUACCCAGGUCUCCAAGGCCAUCAACGACCAAGCCAAGGCCUCGUUGUCCGAGGAACGAAAUCUUGGCAUUGCAGCCGACAGCAACACCGUGGCUCUCGAGGGAGAACUGGGGCUCGCUACCACAACUCAGGAUCUGCGGGGCCACCAGCAACGACAGGAGGCCGUUAUAGAACGCGAGUCCAUUAACAACGAAGAGUUUGCAUAUCAACAGAAUCUGAUUAGGGAGCGAGACCGAGAAAUAUCUCAGAUAGAGAGCGGAAUUGUAGAGCUGAACGGAAUAUUUCAGGAUUUGAGUAAUAUAGUGCAAGAACAGGGCCACAUGGUAGACAAUAUCGAGAGCAACAUCUAUUCAGUUGCGAACAGCACCCAAACAGCCGCCAAGGAACUCUCAAAAGCUUUGAGUUCUCAGCGGCAUGCCAACAAAUGGUGCAUUUACAUGCUCUUGGUCGUGUCAUUCAUGCUACUGAUUAUGGUAUUAAUAGUGGCUACAUAG